GCAUGGCGCCUUGGUCGUGAGCGGCGCGGCUGCCGAUCCCGUGGGACCGAGGGAGCGGAAGACCCCCCAGGGACUGCCGAGCGAGCCGGUGGGGUGGCGGAAGAGGUCCCGGACUCGUGAGCUAUGUUGACCGCACUCGGUGGAUUCUUCAAGCGUCACCGCAGGAAGCUGAUUUUCACGGGCGCCGUGAUCGGAGGUGUUCUGGUGCUGGCACGUGUGGCUCGCCGCAAGCUCCUGGAGCUGCAGGAGCGCGAGGCAGAUGCGUACAUCACUCACGCUCGCCGCGUGCACCACUUCGAGAGCAACCAGCGCACGUGCAACAUGACGGUGCUGUCUAUGCUGCCCACGCUGCGAGACAACAUCACGAAGCAGCUGGACUGUGAGAGCCUGACGGCCGCCCUGCGCGCCAGACCUGCAAACAAGCUGGAAAUAUGGGAAGAUCUUAAAAUUCUGAGCUUCGCACGGAGCGUGGUGGCCGUGUACGGAGCGUGCAUGCUGGUGGUGAUGCUCAGAGUGCAACUCAACGUAGUGGGAGGCUACAUCUACUUGGACAACGCCAUCUCCAGCACGCAGGGUCCAGAGGCCAUUCGUGUCCCGAUGGAGGUACAGCAGCGCUACCUCUCCUCCAUCCAGUACCUGCUGGGGGAUGGGCUGAGCGAGCUAACCACGGAGGUGAAACACGCCGUGCAGUCUGUCGUUGGCAGUGUGUCUCUGAGGCAGAGUGUGACGCUGCGCGAGCUGGAUGGGAUGAUCUCGUGCGUGAGGACCCUGGUGGAGGGCGACGGGCGACAGGAGCUCAGCGGCUUUGGGAAGUUCAUGCUGGCUCCGGAAGACGACGUACUAGAUGGACAGGUGUGUGGCUCCAGGGAGGAAGAGCUGACUGCCCAGAAGAUGCUGAGUGAGACAAGGGACAUGAUGGACAGCAUGGAUUUCUGGACCGUGCUACGUGCAUGUCUGGACCGAGGCUUUUUGCGUCUCAUUGAUGGGGCAGCGGAGUCUUUUCGGCAGGAUCAGAUCACCGGAAGCGGAGGGCGGAACAUGAUGGGCAUCUCGGCAGAGUGGCUCCCUCUCGCAAAGGUCAUCCCCAUCCUUGAUGGCCAGAGUCACGUUGUCUGCAGCGACGCGCCCAACCACUUCGUGCAGGAACUGUUGACCAUGGAGACCGUGCGCAACUUUGCGGCGAACGUGUACGAGGCGUUCAGCACGCCGGAGCAGCUGGGGAAGUGAUGCACUGUGCGCACACUCGCCCCGUCAUUCGGUGUGUUGUGCCUGAAGGGAGCAGAGGGAAUUCCCAUGUUUCCUAUACCUUUAUGCACCCCCACGCUGACCCGGUCAUACGUUUUAUAAAACUGCAUCCUCUCCCUGUGGUCGUGUGAUAUUCGUGCUCAACGGCUUGAUCAUGCUCGCCAAAUGCAGUCUGCUUUGUGUGUGGGAUUCGCAUUCGGUGCAGGUGUAGUGGUUGAUUUCACUCGGACAACUUUUGUAUUUCUUCCAACACCACUUUAUUUACAGUUCUCCACAUGCCCUCAAUACUUCACAGUUCCCCUGCUUGCCACGGCUCGCUCGCCGCGCCUUGCUCGUCUCACUCGCCGUCUUUGCCUCUCCUUAUCUCUGCUUCUCCGUUAGCUCCACUAUCACUGCUUCUCUGCUCUCCGCUAUCACUGUGCUCUCUCCACUGCUGGCUGCUUCAUCUCUGCUCUCCGCUAUCUGCCCAGCUUUCUGUCUUCCGUCUCCAGCCCCCGAUCACCACUCCCUCAAUCCGCGUCUCCCCAAUUUAUCCCCGUUCUCAUUAUUCCCCAAUUAAUUAGCCCGCGUCCCACCGACGCUCCGCGUCCUCGUGUACCUGUUCCUUGCCCAGACAUUAUGACGCCACUUCAGCCCUGACAACAACACCAGCCAAUCACAGCCGUCGCUGGUUCUCUGGCUUAAUUGGCCUAAUCAUUACCUCAUCGUCCCAACCAUCGCACCUGUCUGUCCCAAUUUGACCCGUACUGUCCUGCCCCCGCUCGAUCUCACCAUUUACCCCCAUGCGCGUAUUUACUCCACUACACAGGCAACAGACAGAACCCACCAUGACGGGGCACCCAUUGAAAGCAUCACCUAGCAUAUUAACCUGGAGGGGCCUAUGUCAGAGAUUUGAUGCGUGAAGAGGAGCUCAUGGUGCUGGUUGCAGGGAAUGUUCUGUGAAACGCGUUUGUUUUGAAGCCUGUGCUUGGGUAAUAUUUCUACGCAUGGUUGUUGUGCAAAGAUGAAUGUGCAUUUGUUCACUCACUCAUACGCAUUCACGUGGUCUUCACACAUACAUUUUGCCCUUUCACUUUGAAAUUCAUACUCGUACAUAUACACCGACCAUUUAAAUAAAGAUUUAAUGGAUAUACAAACAUACACUUAAAUGGUCAAUUUAAAUCAUUGGCGUAUUCGGUAUUUGUGCCAAUCUCAGUGCAAGAAUAUCGCUACGUUUCAGUCUGCAGUAGUUUUGCAGUAAGGGGCAAUGUUGCUACAUGUAAUCCCAAUUGAGUAAUUUUCAGUGCCAUUUUUUUACUUGUGACAAAUUUGGAACACGCAGCCAGCACUCGAGCCCUCCUAUAUUUUAUUUAACAUCACGGGAGAUUAAACAUCCACUGUGUGAAACAAGUGUCGUUUGUAGGUCCUGAUAUUCCCCUUGUAUGGUAAUUGCUGUUUGACCAAUAUUCUUCCCUUGUUCUCGAGGCCCCGUUGUGUGCGCCUGCUUGUGGCUUUGUGCCCUUUGAAAUGACAGCCAUUUACCAGAGAUGUGAGUGGGACUCCACAGUGACGCGGUGUCUGUGCCCACCACGUCUCAUUGGCCCGAACAACCGACCCGACUUCAACACACACACACAACGAGACCACCCCAUUUUUAACAGAUAAUUUAAAAUUGUAUUGUGUUGUGUUAAGCCUUGCGUAUACCCUUGUCUUUUUUAGACAUGGAGGUGCAUGCUCACCAUGAAUAAAGGUUACGUUGUGAGAAUUUUACAUUGUGUAGAAUGCAAACAAAUUAAUAAUUAUUUGACCAUUGCAUUAAACCAAAAAUACACCAAAACAUUUCUGAAGUGUUUUUUUGCUGUUAAAAGCAAUGCAGCAGUAACAAAAAUGGGUGACACGUCUGGUUGUCUUGCUGGUUGACUCGGGAUGCACAACACCUGUGUUUUGUCGGCUGAUUGUUAAAGUUACGCAGCAUGAACAUCGAUGGCCAUCUAUAAGAAUAAAGUGCUGGACAGUG